AUGAGUUACAGAUACUUCGACAGAUUGCAGCAAAAAAUUGUAGAUCUUAUCCUAUUGAAAAACCGUCAGCUUAGGAGCUUUUCUCGAUUCCUGUUGGACGUCGACUUUUUGCGGUUCGUUGAAGCGGUAGAAGAUUCGGAGUGUUAUUUGGAAGACCUGUUCAGUAAAUCUCAUCGAGGAAGUGGAUUCGUUCUGCCAAUAAAACGAAUCGAUUUCCUGUGCCAAUCGAAGGUUCUUUGCAUCAAAAAACUCGAAUCUUUAGAACGGGAUUACUGGAGACAUCCUCGGGGCUCCCACGCAGAGAAAAUAUUCUUCCAACGACUAUCGAAUACUCUAAAGGCAUUCCACAACUCAUUUCAAGAGUUCAAUCAGGAAGUCGACAAUCUUAUCCGACAGCUACCAGAAAUAUAUCAGGUUGUUGAGUAUCAGACCCUUCUUUGUCAUACCAGAUUCCUUCAUCUGAUUGUUGUUAAGAACCACGAAAACAUUCAAAGAAUUGCUCAUCUCGGAUCUCUGCGGUCAUACUGCACACACAAUGCCGCUCUACUUAAACUAGAAGUACUGAAGCUUUUCCGGAACCUAUUGGUAAAUUUUGUGCAACUCGUGGAAGACAUGGAUUCCGUACAUUCAUCCUCGCUGGAGUCACUCCGGGACAAGCUAAACAUGGAGAUCAACCUAUCCCGCGAGGAAAUGGUGAUCCAGGAAAAGGAAGUGGUAGAGCUCCGGCAUGAAAUGUUUCCAACCUCGGAGAUCAGUCUCAAAGACCAACGAGACACAGCGAUUGACCAGCUGGAAGUGAAGGAAUUGAACCUGGAAGUGCGGUUCAAAUCGAUUGAUCUUCUGCAGACCAACAUUCAGGGAUUGGAACUUCAGGUGGCACAGUUGAUCGACGAACGACAACGUGCGCAAGAGCAGUUAACCGUUAAGCGGGCAGCUCUCCGAGCAGGUAUAAGAGAGAUUAUUCGGCUGGAGAAGCUGCUGCUGCAGAUUGAGCUAGAAAUGUCGGAUCGUUUGGUGGAGUUCCAACAAAAGCUGGAGGAAUUGGAAAUUAAGCGAUUGGCAAUCCUACAGGACGAAACAUUAACCGAAGAGGAACGAGCGCAAUUGCUGGCGGAGCUGGAGCAGGAAAUUGCGGCGAUCCGAGAGAAGCAUGACGCCGAUCAGCAGUUGCUAAAGAAUAUAUGCGAUGAACUGAAAGGGUUAUCCAAAGGUGUCACUGAUGAUCCAGUUGGGUUCAGAAGCGAAUUAUGGCAGAAACAUUUAGAUGAGAUUAGAGAACUGGAGGAAAUGAAGAAGAAUGCAACACCGUCGGAGUUACUGCUGAUUGAGGCAAAGAUUGCGGCGCUGAAGCAAGAGUUUGAGGAAGGCAUAAAGUUGCUGGAUACUGCUAGUGCCAGGAUUCAGUUUUCUGAAGACGAAAAUGGAAGGUAUUUCAUCAAUGAAAAAGGACAAAAGGUUUAUCAGAGAGAAUCUGGAGCUUCACAAUACAUUUUAACGCCGGACGGUCGCUGGGAGAAGAUUAACGAAGGCGUUGAAUUGCAAAUGGACGAGAAGGGCGAGUUCUAUUUGGACAAUUUUGGUAGGAAAAUCUAUACGAAAAGAUACUUUGACGAUGAGUUCGGAAAAUAUUAUGUCGACAGUAAUGGGCAUAGGAUUUAUUUGGAAGAAAGUUCCGUAAGCGAUUGGCACGAAGGCGAGGAUCUGAGUGGCACCGAAGCAGUGACCGAAACAUUUGUCAGUACUGACAUUUCAGAAGAAGCUAUACCUAGCACAUCCGAUGUAAAUAUUUCCGACGAGAUAAAAGAACAACGUGCUUCCGAUAUAAAGUAUAUUCAGGACACUUUCGGAACAACGAUCAAGAAAGGAUUGGCACUCGCUUUUUUGCAUCAGCCCGAGGAUCCAAUAGAAUUUCUGGCAAUGUUUCUGAAAAAAUGUCACAGAGAUCAACAAAUUGAGGCGGAACGAAAUAAAUUGAUGGUGAAGGUGAUGCAGAUGAAAGAGCGACCAAUAAGUAAGAGUUCCUCCGACGAUGCUUGUUGAGCUUCUUUGGAAUCUCUUUGAAUUUAUACUAAUUGUAUUUUUGCUUGGUUUGUUGAUAACAUUUUUAAUAUUUAAUAUAUUUUUAACAUUUUGAC